AUGGAUUGUAUUGUUAGGGAUCUUAGGUUAAAUAGUAAAAAUAUAUAUACUACAUCGUCUCCUACUUUAUUUGCUGUUGUUGUUCAUAAUACAUGGUUGAAGAAAUGGCUUAAAAAUAUAGACGUAGAUAACUCUGUAAAUAAUAUAGAUUUUACGCUCCAGCCAGGUGAAAGUGUUCCGUAUCCGUGGAAAAAAGUUUUUAUUAGGGUGCUAAAUAAAAAAUUAUCUAAAGUUUUGCCUUUACCCCGAUACAAAUUAUCUGAAGUAAACGAUUCACCUCUUACAUUUUCACAAUUAUUACAAUAUGUAUCACAAAAUAAUCAAAGAAAUUUAUGGAAAGAAUCAUACAAAAAAUAUUCUCAAAAUAUAAGAAGUAACAAGGAAACAGCUAUAGUUAAUUUAUUGGAACAUGACCAAUUACUCACUGAAGUUAUUAUGAGGCUAUAUGGAACCAAUAUUAUCAAACUGAGGCCAGAUGGAACUGGAAAAUUUGAAGUUAAAGAGUUGAGCAGACCUGUGUCAAAAACAUAUGAUACUCAAAACAAUUUACUGGCUGCUAUGUUUGCUUUAGAGUCUGAAAAUAACAUAUUUAUUGUAUACAGAAGUCAUUAUGAGAAUAGUCUUUUAGAUUGUCUUAAUUUCAGUCCAAAUAUAAUAGAUAAGACAUAUGCUAGAGGUCUUUUUGUAAUAUAUCAAUUAUUAUAUGUUUUAAAAGCAAUGGGCGAUAGAGGUCUGUGCUUGGGUUCUUUGGAUCUCAGAGAUAUUUUUUUGACUGAAGAUUUGUGGUUGCAAGUGAUGCCAUCCAUAACUAACAAUGUCUAUUGUUUAGACCCAUCAUUAAUUUGUGAGCAAAGUCAAGGUAAACAGAGUAAUGUGCAAAGCCAAGUAGUAAAAAGCAAGAAUAGUCUAUCAGAUGAAGAAGGGUGUUGGAGAAACAAUGCAGUGAAAUUAGAGAAGCUGUGUAUGCUGUGGGUGAGGGGACAAUUAUCUAAUUUGGACUAUCUACUUCAUUUAAAUUCUCUAGCUGGGAGAUCAGCUAAUGAUCCUCAAGCUCAUUUUAUGGUUCCGUGGGUCACAGAUUUUUCCUCGAGAUGUGGUCACAACUGGAGAGAUUUAACUAAAUCAAAAUACAGAUUAAACAAAGGUGAUCGUCAGCUGGACAUGACAUAUGAUGUGACAGGUUGCAGUGGACAAAUACCUCACCAUGUUACUGAUGCCCUCUCUGAUAUUACUUGUUAUGUGUAUCUUGCUAGAAGGACACCAAAAGAAACAUUAUGUAAAUAUGUAAGAAACAAAUGGGUGCCCGCAGAGUACCCAGCUUCCAUACAAAGAAUGCAGGAAUGGACUCCAGAUGAAUGUAUACCAGAAUUUUAUACUGAUCCCUCAGUAUUUAAGAGCAUACAUGAAGAUCUGCCUGAUCUUGGAAUACCUACAUGGGCGACAUGUGUUGAGGACUUUAUAACAAAGCACAGAGAAGCACUAGAAAGUUCUCACGUCUCGGAAAAUCUUCAUCAUUGGAUAGAUAUAACUUUUGGUUACAAGUUAUCUGGACCAGCAGCAAUAAAAGCGAAAAACGUGUGUUUAUCCCUUGUUGAUCAACAUAUGAAGACGCGACGUGGUACUGCAGUUCAGUUGUUGGCAGCGCCACACCCACCUCGCAAGCUUAGGCCACUACCACCGGCCCCGCCCAGAUUGCGGUGGACCACCCCCAGAGAUACCAGAAAAUCCGUCCGUGAUAGUUCAGAUGACAUAACUGACGAAGAAGACGAAUCCAGUAGCCUUCCGCAACACAUAUCUCGGUUGACGGUUCCUACCCAACGGAUACGGCGCCAGAAAAGUUCGAGAGCUCGUUCUCUUACAAAAGGACAAGAGGAAGAUGUCCCAUACAAUGAACACAGGGCAUCGUCACACUCCCGACACUAUAGAGUACAACGCUCUGAAUAUGGCCAAGCAGUUAUUUACCUCCCAAAAGAAUUUAACCCCGCAUCUUCCAUACAAACUUUGGAGACGUUGGAUAACUUCAGAACGAAAUGCUUCUUUAGCAAGUCUGACGAUAAAGAGAGUUCCCGUUCCAAUGUUCCCGCUCUAAAUUUAUGUCCAGUAGAAGACAAAACCGUACAAAAAGACACGGAUGACACGGCAUUCACUAACCACAUGUUCUUAGCGUCUUAUGACCAGGGAUUUCUGAAAAAAAUGAGUCAGGACUCGCAAUUAGAAAGUGUGCUGAAGGAAAGGAAGAGCAGAAUGUUUAAUACAAGGUAUACAACUGAUGCGAAUGUUUACAAGCAAUUCGUAACAGAGAGUCGACGGCAAGAUAUGAUCGUAAUUGGGUGCCUUAUUGUGGAAAUCUUUCUUCAUAACUACAUACGACCAUUAAGGCAGAACAGUGGUGAUUUUACCGAAAGAUAUAAGAGUUGUCGGGCGGUUUUGAAGUACAAUUUUCGUUCAUUACCGAAGUGUGUUAGUUAUAUUGCGUCCUUGUUAUUGAAUGUUCAGCCUCCUAGUCUCUCUUUCAAACAAGAAUUGCACCUACAAGAAGAGCCUCAUAAAAAAAUUGCUGUAACAGAUAAAGGGUUGCCGACGCCGACGGCGACUCAGUUACUGCAACCCCUGUUAAUGCAACAUUUGAUACCGUUUCCACAAAGCUUCAUUAUUCUACAUAGCCUCUUGAGUACCCUACAUGAAUAUGAGGUUACCAGUAACGAGUUAAAUAUUAUAUACACGUACGAAUGUGACGGCGUCCAGUGUGAAACAUACGGAAACGUUGAUAAAACCAAGUUAUAUUUUGCUCAAAAAAUUGCAGAGGGAAAAGUUCAAGCAUGCAUAACCCAUUUGGGAGUGCUUCUCAAUUUAUACACUGGCUUAAAUGAUUUUGAUGCUUUAGAUAUAUUUUUACAACAUUACAUACAGCUAUUAGAAAAUAAAGACACCUCGGUGUUGGCAGCGUGGCAUCUAUUUGAUACGAUAGCUAAAGCUUUAGGUCCGGCGGAAACGAGAAACAAACUACUCAAAUAUAUUUUAAAUCUAUAUGAGGAUGACGAUUUUGUCUAUGAGAAAUCUGAGAAGGUUACGGAAAACGAUGCUACAUCGUCUGCUAUAUUGGCCAGCAAACAGAAAUUUAUAAAACUGUAUCAUAAUAUUUUUCUACUCCAAUUAAUGGUGAGACUAGGCCUUCAGUGUUUUUUGGAUAACAUCACUCAGCACUUAGUAGAGGCUGUCGGAGGGUACAAAGACGUUUCUUACCAAACUGGGGCUUUGGGCCAUUCCUGUCACAGUCGCUCUAUGGCAAACAAGAAGCCGAGAUAUUCAGACGAAAGUGUUAAGAAUGUUCUAACAACUACUUCAGAUAUUUUCUCUCCUGAUACUUCCUGUGGGUCGGAACAGAUUGUUACUCCGAGCAUUGAAAAAACAAUGUCUGACGUUAGUGAAUAUUUAAAAGAAAAAGAUGAUAAUAGAAGUGAAAAUGAACUCUUCCAUUUUGAAAAUGACAAGGAAAGAAAUCAAAGUAGCAGCAGCCGAAGCAAAUCGCCGACUGGUUCGGUCGAUUCCAAUCCAGCAGUCAGGGAUACUUUACAGACUCCUUCUCCGUCCACAGAGCAAGUAUCGCCUGGAAAUUCCCGUUUCUAUACAAACUUAACAUUGAAAAACGCCGAUCACUUCAGAGAGGAGAGAGACGUUGUUCCAGAAAUACGUAAAACAUUGUCACCUAGCAUAGAUACGCCAAAACCAAUGUUUACUAGUUAUUUGCAGUUUGUGGAAGAUCAACGACAUCCUGAUUCUCUGGAAAGCGAACUUUUGGACAUACCAGAAAGUACAGAAGCUGAUCACGCGAUUCCAGUAGUAAAGUCUUUGGGUGAUGAUAGAAAAGAGUACAAUGAUUCCUACAAAAUAUCAGAUAUGAGUUCGGAAAGUUUAAUUUGGUUAUCUCAUAGAUUAGGUCCGGUUUUGUCAUGUAGAUAUAUAACUAGAAACCUUUUGAAAAUGCUUACCUUAUGUUAUAUUGGAAAAGAAAAUUUGGCUUCUUGUGAAAUGGAAGACAAAGAUGAAUUUGAUGAGAUAUCUUUAGUGAACAGCGCUGUUGUUGGAGACCGUAAUGCUAUUAAAGUUAUUAAGUGCCUUACUUCAAUUGUAGCAAUGUACGGGGAACAAUUAAUAAUAUUCCAAUACUUGCCUCACAUGGGCGAGUUAAUAGCUUCGUGUCGGCGUCGUUUAUCUGCUCCGCUGGAAGGCGGGGUGGUGGCUUGUCUGCAACUUCUUAAGUACUUGCUGCCUUACAUGGCCGACGGGAAGGUCAUGGAACAGUUACAGGACACAUUCCUCAAAUCAAUCCUUCAGCCAGCUCUUCGAUUGGCGUGCACCAGUCGAAGUUCCUUCCCCAGUGGAGCUGCAGCGCGCUGUGCCCUCACACGGAAACUGCUCGAUGCCUUGCACGCCCUAGCGCUUAGGAUUGGACCCGAGAUGACCAGGAAGCAUUUGUGUGUUCCGGCUUUGCAGAGAUUCUUUCUCGCGUUUGAUAAAGCUACGGGUAAAACUGAUAAUUGGCCAAAACAAGAGGACCCUAACACAGAAAAGGCCACAGACCAAGAUUCUGAACCAAAAUUAGAAGGAUUCCUGGAGAUUUGUCGAGAUGGGAGUACAGCUGAAUGGGCUGUCCGUGAUGGAAGGGUUGUUAGAGCUGAUCUUCCUGAAUUGGCGUGUACGCCUCCUUCCUUACCUGAUAGCCAUGAUGCUGCUACCCUUACUGCCCAAGAAGAGCUCCUAGUUGUAUUCGACAGUGAAUUAGCAUACCACGCAUACACGAGGUUCACUAAACUAGUCGGUACAGACGCUAUAGAAAGAGCACUCAAAAACAGCGAUACUAUACGCAAUCUUUGUCAGGAAUAUCGACUUAAACACUGUAUUAGCUCGCCUCUGCAUAUUACACAAGACAAGCGCGUACAGUCCUCUUUCAGCGAUGAACCUCUGAAAAAAUACAUAGAUAUUACUCCAAAACAAGAUCUGGAACACAUAUCGAAUUCCAACAGUUUUGGCUCCAAUGUCACUUUAGUAGGGAACAGGAUAGAUGUCGCUAGUGAUGUUUCUUACGUGCCUAGAGUUGGAUUUGAUAUUGUUGCUUACAAAGGAGACGGAUGUAGGAGUGAUCGUCAUCUGCGCGGCGACUGGCUAAUAUAUUGGGAACACGAAAUCGGUCGGGCAGACAAAGAGGCCAGGUUUAAUUUGAAACAGAUUAAACUGCAAAGUUUUUCCGGCCAUACACAUUCUGUGAAGUCAAUACACUGCUUGGACAAUGAAAACAGCUUCAUGAGCGGGUCUAAGGACAAGACUGUGCGGUUAUGGUCCUUGAGGAAUAUGGGUGACGGCAACGCAAUCACUCAGUGUAACUGGACUUACACAGGUCACAAAAAGGGAGUGUUAUCUCUUGCAUUUCUGGAAUCCCUUCGUCUGGCCGUGUCAACUGAUUCGGUUGUUCAUAUAUGGGAUCCCUUUAUGGAAAGUGUUGUUUGCCAGCUGGAUCAUUUGAAAUCUCCAGUGAGUAUAGUCCGUACUCUUCCUGGCCCUUCGAGCGUAAUAGUGGCUGCUACAACGGAUGCCUCGAUAAGGCUGAUCGAUGCCAGGUCUCCUAGCCAUAAUCAUGAGCUGAAGCUGCCAUCGAAUACAAGCACGUUCAUCCGCUGUAUGUGCGUAAGUGGGGCAGGGGGGUGGGUGGCAGUGGGGCUUGCCGGGGGACAAGUGGCCAUUUUAGAGCCCCGCACGGGUCUGCCCCGUGCACAUUGGAGAGCACACGAUGGAGAGGUACUACGUCUAGCAGCUGUGGAUGAGCACAGAUUGUUAAGCUCUGGUCUAGAUCAAGUUACAGCUCUAUGGAAAGUGGAGGAUGGAGAACUAAUAACACAUCUCAAAGGGAUCACAGAACCGGCCCACUGUCUCUCGGUGUAUUACAACGAGCUUAUAUCUGGAACUACUAACAAUCGUAUUGGUGUCCAUACGUCACUGGACCAGGACGCAUCAUUUUCCAGCACCAAAUUACGAUCUGAUUCAUUCAAAGGAGUUUUGACUUGUAUGUCGGUGUUGCCAUUGAAUAGAUUAUUACUGCUCGGUAGCGAUAAUGGAAAUAUUAGUUUGCUUUGUUGA